ACAAAUGAUAGUUGACGAGGUGAGAUGAGACAGUUAAUUUCAUGAUUUAUUGUUUUUCACAAGUGGCAAUUUCAAAAGAGGAGCUCAAUCCCAAUAAGCGUCAUCAAUUUGAAUACCAUUUUCUUAUUAUUUUAUGUAUUAAUAGUUAGACAAAAAAGGAAACUUGCUGGAAACAGCAAAUGUUGAAAAUUCUCCAAUCAUAAGGGAAUGAUAUGAUUGUUAAUUACGGAUAGGAACUAAAAAUUGCUUCAGUUGUCGAGAUUGAUGGCUGACAGAUAUGAUAAAAUAUGUCAUUGCUUUUUCAACAUUUACACUGCCUUAGCCAAUAGCUAUGAACUCGAUCUAACUAGUUCACAGAUCUGUAAAGUGAUGUGCUCCUAAACUGUUGUCUCAGUGAGUAACACACUUGCUUCUAGCCAGAAGGUUGUGGGUUCAAAUCCAACACCGAAGAUAGUGGCAUGAAUAUUGAGACUGACACUCGGUGCCGUACUGCAAUGUCAGAGUGGGUCAGAUGCUACUAUACAAGUCGUGAAUGCAUCCGCUGUGCGUUUCUCAUUGGUUCCUCUGAAACUGACUACGUCAGGAAACGUCGAGAGGUGAGCAAAGACUGAGGCACAUCAGUGUGCGCGUAUGUAGCACUCCCUCUCCCCCUGCCAUGCAUUGCCUGCGAACGUGACUUCACUCACGAUCCCACCGGGCGGCGCAGUCCUGGCGGCGGGUUAACACAAACCGAAGGUUGUGGCACGGCUUGAUUCGAAAUAAACCCAGUCCUAAAAGAUCAGAUAAACGCAAUCUCCACUGCUGCCAAUAAAAAAUAUUACCAGGUCACGGCGAUAAAUGAAAAUCGUGACGUUAAUCUGGAUUUCGCGCACCAGUGGAAAUUACCUUGUGCAUAGACCAGUUAACCCAACUCGUCAUUUAAAUCUAUAAGUGUACCUCCCCAUCGACUGCAGCGUUCACGGAUUAUUAAAUCCUAGGGUCCAAGUUACUCUCAAGGAGUCUUUGAAUCAAAAGCAAAUAAAAACAUAACAUUCUCCAGAUACUCGGAAGGGUAGGCAGCAUCAGUUUCAGGUAGAUCAGAAUUGGGAAUUGAGAAAAGUUGAUGAUCCCUUUCUCUGCCAUUUAAAACUUGCUUUAUGGAUGGAGAGAUGUAAAGAGAAGGUACCUGACGGGAUGCAGAUCAAGAGUGAGUGACACAUGGAGGUAGCGCUGCUGAAAGUGGAUGGUACAGACAACCCUCGGUGAACAACAAACGCUAUGUUUGGAUAACAAACGAAUUGAAUCUGAAAUAUCAAAGAGGGAAGAAAGCUGAACAUUGGAAAUGAGGUACAAGACUAGAAUGGCUUUGACAUUGACAAUGAAGUUGACACGUUUAGCUUGCUAGUUCACGUAUGUGGCUGGAUUGGUCACACUUCCUUCCAGUCAGCGGGUCGUGGGUUGAAGUCCCACACCAAAGACAUUGGCAUGAAGAUUGAGACAUACAGUAGUGAGGGAGUACUGAACUCUCAGAGGUCUGGCUUUUAGAUGAGGUGUUAAACUAACGUUCUAUCCGCUCUUUCAAAUUCAUCAUUGGGUCCGGAAGUCUGUAUUGUUACAGAUCGACAGGUGAGGUGUUGUUCUUUAAGCUUGCAAUGCUGCAGUGUAGAAGGUCGAAUGCAGAGAGAGGGUGAGGGUUAAGGUGUUUGCAAACUUGCAGCAGGAAUAGUCCUCUUGGCCCAUCGAUCCUAUUCCACAUUUAAUAAGAUCAUGGUUGAACUGAUUUUAACCUCAACUGUGUUCCAAUACACCCUUGUUUAUCAAGAAUCCAUCUAAAAAAAAUUCAAAGAUUGCUUCUAGCACCCUUUUGUAUUGGUAUUGUUCCAAAGACUCCUGACACUGUAAGAGAAAUAAAUUGCCUCUAUCUUAAAUGGAUAACUUCUUAUUCUUAACCUGAAAUUUGGAGCCACACAAAAAGCACUGGAGGAACUCAGCAGGUCAGGCAGCAUCUAUGGAGGGAAAUGGAAGGUCAACAUUUUGGGUCGAGACCCUUCAACUCAACUGCAAGCAAGUGGAACUAGCUCAGAUAGACACCUUAGUCAGCAUGGACGAGUUGGGCUGAUGGGCCUGUAGCCGUGCUGUAUAACACUGAUUCAAUAAACAACAUUGUUAGGUUUCCUAAUUAUGUGCUGCACCUGCAUGCUAACCUUCUGAGAAUCGUGCACCAGGACACCCAGAUCCCUCUGCAUCUCGGAGCCCUGCAAUCUCUCGCCAUUUAGACAGCAUGCUCUGUUUUUAUUUUUUUUCCUACCAAAAUGGACAUUUAACAUUUUCUCAUUAUACUCGAUUUGCCAGAUCCUUGCCCACUCACUUAACCUAUCUCUAUCCCUUUGUAGUAUCCUGUCCUCUUCACAACGAAAUAAAACAUACAUGAAAUGUCGGAAUUACUCGGCAGGUCAGACAGCUUCGGUGCAGGGAGAUACUGAUUUAACACUUCAGGAUCCGGGUUCUGGCCAAAAGUCACCGACCUGGAGCAUUAACUCUUUCCGUACCUCUACCUUUGUGUUUCUACCAACCAUGAUUAACCCUUCCAUUUCUAACUUGGCUCUUCCCCCGUCCCUCCCCACUGCCUUGAACUUGUUUAGUAUUCACCCUGCGCCCCCCCCCCCCCCAACCACUUCCAAUUCGCCUGGUCCCUUCCAACUAGCACUAACCCUACCGCUCCCCAACUCUGCACUAAACUCCAUUUGGAUUCGCUUCUCACGUCCGAGUUGAAAUGUCGUGUUUCCAAGCAGCUUUCGGUCUUGACACCUAGUCCCUUGAUUUUUUUUUGCUUAAAUGUUGCUGCUAAUUUGUGGUCCCAGCCAGGAUUAACCGGGUUCUGUCUGAUUUACUCAUUGCUGCGCUGAGUGCUUUAAAUUUUAAAGAUGUGCCCGCCCCCUUCUCUUCCUCCCUCUUGUUACACGCCUGGGACUCUUCGUCGAUUGGGGUGUUACGAAGGCUUGAUUGUCAUCCGCGUCACUGCACUUUGAGCCCAGAUCCCUCCGUCGGCUAUUUAAUGUAUUUCUCCCCCCACCCCCCCGUUUACAUAGGAACAGGUUCCGCAGUGCCACGGCAGGCACGGAGUUAUCCGGGCGGACCCAAACAAAAAUAAUGUGGUUUUAGGUUCCCCAUCGUAGAGGUCCGGCCCAUCGCUUGCAAACCCUGUCCAGCCUUUGCUCGACUCGCCUGUCACCUAUGGAGAAGCCGGCGGUGCAUUCGAAUCUGUGUAUCCCGCGGAACUUCAGCUGCAUGGCCAGGCUCAACGGCAGCUUGGCCGAGGAAUACACCGGCUGCGGAGGGGACGGAGGGCUCGACUGUCACCCCUGGUGUCAGCAGCAGGAGAGGAGCCGAGAAGGGCCCGGCAGCUGCAGCAGUCACCCCAGCCCGGGUCAACGCAGGAGGGCCAAGUCGUUGCCAGCCCCCGCCGAGCGAGGAGCCGCCUCUUUGGAGAAAGCCUCCGCCUGCCGGGCCAACACGAAGACCGUCCGCUUCGCAGACUCCUUGGGUCUGGAGCUGACCACCAUCAGGCACUUCUGCGACGCUGACAUGCCCCAGAUCCCGCACCGGGUCAUGGCCAGGCUGAGGAAAGAGCGACCCGAGCGCCUGCUCUCCGCCAACAUGAUGGACGUACUGUUGGACGACCCAGCCCACACCCUGCAGCCCAUGUUCAGCAACCCCGCCAGCUGUCCCGGUUUCCUGGAGAGGGUCAGGAGGGACAAGGUAUGCCUGGAGUCCAUCUCCACUGACCAGUUCAGUCUCCUGGGGCUGAUCAGGGUCUCCAACGUCGCCUACGAGAAGCAGGUGGUGGUCAGGUACACCCUCAACCAGUGGACCUCUUACGUGGACAUCGGAGCCAGCCACAGCGCCCACUCUGCGGACGGCCAGACCGACACUUUCUGCUUUAAACUGGUCACCCCGCUCUUCCUGGACACGGGUGGAACUCUGCAGUUCGCCAUUCGCUACUCGGUGGCCGGGCAGGAGUUCUGGGACAAUAACAAAGGUCUCGACUACCAGGUUGUAAGUCACAAGGUCAAAGUCUCCCCACCCAAGGACUGGGAGAACGGCUGGAUUCACUUCAUAUGAACCAAAAAGGAGAAAAGUUUCUUCGCUGCGUCUGGGACGGUGGUGUUUGAGAGUCACAUCCGGCCCUUCUCGUUUCCCGCAAGGUUUCGGUUUCUGUUUGAAGGUAUUCAGUCGUGGGACCACCUUGAAAAUUGGAAAUUCUCCUUAACUGCUUCCAUUCAGUGUUUGUGGCGGGGAAAGUUGGUCUGUCACUGUAAGCCAUAAGUUGAGUUCAGUUUUGAGGUGGGAGUGUUGGCGCUCUCUAGAAAUCACCGACCUGCCACGUUAAUUUUUGCUUCGGUCUCCACGGAGACUGCCCGACCUGCUGAGUAUGUCCAGCAGUUUGUGUUUUAAUUAGCCUGAGCAGUAAACGGGUGUAAGGGAAACCUGAAAGAUUUAUAGUGCGAGACUACUUAAGCAGCCACAUAGAGGGUGGGGGCGACUUAUUUUCAGCAAACUUCGAAACUUGAGCCUUGUUAUAAACCCUUUUUAAGUGCACUUUACGUUUCCAAAUGGUACUUUUUGAUUGACUGCUUGAUCAGAGAUUAAUAUAGCUAAUUUCUAAGACUUGUACCAUCUUUAGAAAAAGAAACAAUGUAUCUGGAUAACCUUUGCAUCACUUCUGCAAACGUAUUGUAAGUGUACGUGCCACUUGCAACAAAUGAAUGCAGACAUCCAUUGACUCCUGUCCCUUCCCAAAGCAAGGUUGCAUCUUUUGUCAAUGCUUCAACGAGGUGACCAGAAUAACUUUUCAGAACUGAUAAGGGUGCUAACAACAGAGGGCCAGGCGAGUUGCUUAUUAUGGUCUUGGGGAGGUUCGGGCAAAGGGAGUCGGACACGGAUAAUUUCUCUUUGGACGAAGUGUCAUUGAACAGGGUAAGCUACCAGGGAGCGGAGUUGAAGUGUAUCUUAUAAAAUGGUUGACGCAUCACCCUGAGCAUCGUAUGCUCAGAGAUCUCUCAAGGAUAAAGCCAAGGGAUCUGAUUAAGCAUUGUUCCCUUUCUAUUAAAAAUACUGCAAAAGAUAUAAAAGAGUAUAUUUAAAGAUUUCUGUAAUGACUAAAUGUUUAUGGACAAGUUUUAGAGUUGUGUGAAAGCGUGCCUAGGUGGUGGGGAAGAUGAAAGAAACACUGUGCACUAUGACCAAAAGAUAGGUAUCUUCUUUAUAUUUAGAUUUCAUUCAUUUGCUCUUUAAAAUAUAAGUCUUUUGCCCUUGUUUAAGCCACGAAGCAAAGAUGGACAUUAGCAUCAGUGCUAGCUUAUUUUCAACAGUAACAUCUCAUAUUGCAAAUGUUAAGCUGGGUGAUGCAACUUACCUUGAAGCUAAAUCAGGAUGGUGUACUUUGAAGGUGUAUCAAAUUAUUAGCUGUGUGGAGAAUGCCCCAUUUACUUUAUUUUUACUGUUUACUAUGUAUACAUUCUGCUUGGCAAUAUGAUUAGUGUGCCUAUUUAAAUAUCCUCUGGUAUUUUUGUCAAUGAAAUAUUUCUUUAAAGUGAAAGUAGUAUCCUUGUGGUUGGGAUACAAGAUUCCUCCCAGUAUGGCAACAGUGCUGUUCUUAGUUGGCCAUCGGGAGUCGAAGAAUGUGUGCCUGGUGUAGACCGUAUUAGAUGUGACCAAAUCCCAUCUUCCCCUUAUUCACAAGCCAAAAUUUCUGGAAUUAAAAUACUAGCCCAUUGGUUCCCAGUGGAGCAAUUUCAUGCAUCCCUCUCCUCAGCUCCUUUCCCUUGGUUCUGCAAAAUUAUUGUCACAAGUGAAUAUUAAUUUCCCAUUUGAAGCUGCUGAUUGGUCUGUUUCCAUCAUCAGUACAGGCAGUGAGGUCCAGAUCAUUAUCAUCUGCAUCUGCAUCUGCAUCUUCAUGGUUUUCCUAAUAUUCCCUAGGAUCUUCCAUCCAACAUUUUAAAACUCUGUCACCACUCCUUGAAUCUGCUCCCCUCUAUCUGAACCACAAUCUGCUACCCCACUGAUAAACCUCAAGUUUCUUUGCCUUAAACAGAACCAUCCCAGCUUCUCUAAUUUAACCCAGUAAUUGAAAUCCUUUAUCCUGUGGAGCCAUCGUUAAAAGUUUCACUUGGUACUUUUUCCUGGCCACUCUUUUUAAAUUUAUUUUUGAGCAACAUGUACGUCAUAGAAUUUAAUGCAUUAUGUCAGACUGUCAUCUAUGCGGUGUGAGGCAAUCAUUAGCUGACCACAUGAAGAUUAGAACCUAUUGAAUUUUGGAAAUUCUGAAAGUUUGGAAUAAACCAGAAGUAGACAGAGUGUAGACCAGUAGGUUGGUGAAGAUGUUGGAUUUUGAUUAAGCCCAAGAAACCUCCCAUAUCAAUUUGAGUAGAUAAAGUACGUAUACUUCUACACUUAUAAGGAGAAGUGGUUUUUGAAUUUUGUAAUAAGUCUUACACCGUGUACACAACACAAGUUUAGAUCUUUUCAUUUUUAAAGAACAAUAUUAUAUCCAUAUUAGUGUGAGCUGUGGUGAGACUGGAGAAACCCACAUUGUUGUUCUUGCAACCGGGGAAGUUGGAGGGUGACAUAAAGGAUUUAAAUUUCUGAGUGCGCCGGGCAAAACUAUUUCCACUGAUUGGUGGGCUGGUAACCAGCUACAAAAAUGUGCAGUAAGCUACCAUGUCUGGAAUGCACAGGUUGAAGCCACAUUCAAAGGUGACUUCAAAAAAAAAAAUGGAUGAGAAAAACUUCAGGGCUUUGGGAAGAAAAUAUUGGAGUGGAACUAACUCCAUUGCCAUCUCCAUAGGUAGGAUGGGCCAAAUGGUCCCCCUCUCAUUUGUGUGCUCUUUUCUAUGGCAAUAUAAACAUUUGUAAUUUUUACUGUAACUGAUUUUCAGGAUUGUGUCAGCACGGAACAAGUGGGCUAUUUCCACAGAGUUGUUUCACUUAAUAUGUUAUUUUUUAAAAAAAAAUUCCUUUAUUUCAUCAACCAACCAAGGAAAAAAUAUGCAAGCUUUAUCUGGGAAUAUAUUUGAUUAGACUGGAAUACUCGUAACCCAAUGCAUGCUCUGGUAUUAUUCUGCAUAGCUCCUGUGCUGUGUUGCUGCAGAUUAGUGUUAACAUUUUUAGUUGUGGCUUUAUUCGUGCUGUGAAAUGUAAUGUGUUCAGAUUGUUUGAAGCCUGAGCAGUUUUGAAGAUUAGAAGGAACUCUCUUUCAUUGUCCUGUACAAAGUAAACGAUCAACCUCAAUUUACUGGUGUGCCAAUAUUGUGGUAUUGUCCUGCUGAGUAAUGUUUCCAUAAAUUACUUUGAAAGCUGGCGAAGUUCAGGGAAACUUGCCCAUUUGUUUCAUGUUGUUUCUGGUGUACAAGGAAACCUGCAAGAUAUUGGCACACACUUAAGCUGUGCUCUAAUCUUGAGCUCCCUCUUCCUGUGAUUUCCACUUCCUCACUGUCCACACUUCCAGAGAACAGUCUCCACUGUAGAUCGCAUUCAGACUGAUGUUUCUUUAAAGUGUGGUCUUGGUGCAUACUGAUUUAUGACUUGGGUGCCUUUGUAUGUUCUGUAGCAAUCACUUUGAGCUUUAAAGUUUCACGUAGAAGGGAAAUAAAAAUUGCCGAAGUUUAGAAGUAGCCAUUAAACUUCUUGACAGCAGUUGCAAUGUUUGAAGAAGGAAGACAAUCCUAUGCAUGUGCCAUAUCUAGUAUUUAUAUUUCUCAAAAAGGACACAAACAGGGGUCAUAGAAGCUUUUAUUAAUCUCAUUGUAGGAAUGGAAGCAGGAAUAGGCCUCGUGGCCCCUAAGACCUGCUCUGCCAUUCAGUAAGACUGUGGCUGAUCCAGUGUGCCUUCAAUCCAUUUUCUUGCUUCAUCAAUGUGUGCCUCUACUCUAUUUUCCUGCUUCAUCACUGUGUCCUCUAAUCCUCUUGCUAUCCAAACAUUUAUCAAGCUUAGCCUUGAACAUAAAUGCCUGGGCAUCUGAGAACAAGAUUUACCACACUUUGCAUCCUCAUCUGAGUCCUAAACCCUUUAUCCUGAAAUAAUGCCCACAGCUGUGGACUUCUUAACUCGAAGAAACACCCUCCUGGCAUCCACCCCGUUACAGGUCUACUGACACACAGUUAAAGCCUGAUUGAGCAUAGCAGAUCCAAACCCACGCAACCAUUGCUGUAAAUAUAACACACUCAAAUGUGCUAUUGAUCUGGUUCUGGGUGAAACACUAAAUAUAAAUCAAGAGCAUUGACUAAGCAAAUCUUCCUGACUCGGAUAAAGUACUGAGCAAGUCUGGUGAGGCCCAACCCAACUUCAGCAUUUUAUUGGAAUAAACACUAGACCUGACCUGACCUGACCCACACCCAACAUGUAUAGACUGGUCUCAUUGGGUGGCUGGGCUGAGAAACGAGAGUCUAGGCCAAUCCUAACCAAUCCUUUCUUUUGUAGCAGUUACAUAGUAGUGUUACAGUGACUGUAUGGAAAUGUUUAUCAUUUCUGAAACUCCAAUUGCCCAUUCUCAGUAUAUCUGCUUUCUUCCUGGUUUAAUGGGAACUAUAGUACAACAUUUGCAGUUAUCAAAACAUAUUGCCAUUUCACCUCUGCUACACUUUUUCAUCAACAACAGGUGGGUAUUAGUUGGCAUAAUAGAAGAAUCUACCUUAUCACAGCCACUAUAAGAAGGUGAUUGUGAUGUAACUGUAUUGCACUGUAAUUCCACAUUUUAAAUCCACAACUUAUAUUGGAAAAUCACCAUUUAUUUACUAUUUCUGUGCUAUUAAUACCUUGUUUAGUUUAACCAGUGAAUAGCUAAGCCACAUAAAUCAGAAAGAUCCCUGGUGAUCUCUAGUCUGUGCUGAAUUAUGUUAGAGGUGAAGGUCACCUUUUAGUUAUACUGCUGGGAGGUGUUGAAUGAGAACUAUACCUUUCUUAGUUAAAUAGUUUCUUGCUCUGCCAUCCACUUGAGGGAAUACUGGCACUCAAUUGUAUUUUCAUAUGAAAGUGCAGCCCAAGGUUAGUCCGUACAUUGAUGGAGCAGAGAAAUUGGAGAAAUGAAACCAACCUGGAUUCUAAGCUUAAAAGAAAUUCUUUACUUUUUACAUUUCCAUGCAGUAAUGUAAAUAAUCUUGUAAAUUUUUUAGCACAUUAGCGUCAUGUAUUUGCAGUUGAUUUCGGCAGUGAACACCACUUAUUCUGAGUAGGUCUGGUGCUGUUUAACUAAUAGACAAUUUAUGGAUUUCAAACCUCAUUCAGUUGUAUAACAACCUCUACUUAAGUUAUCUAUAUGUGAGACUUCUGUGAAAGGUGCCAAGAUAUUAUACAGAAUUAUAACAUCACUGAAGGAGAACACUGGGGCAAUCGUGUCCACACCAGCUCUUGUUGAGCAAUCUCUCUCUCUCUCAUUUCCCACCUUCUACGUGGUCUUGCAAAUUAUUUUGCCCUCAAAUACCCAUCCAUUUUUCUUUGAAAUCUCUGAAACUUCCAUCAUCCUAACUUCAGUGAGUUCUGGAGCAUAACCAAUUCCUGUGUUUAAAAGAAAUAAUUUUCCUAAAUCCCCCAUUAUCUUUUGCCCAUUCUUUACAUUCUGUGUCCUGUGUCCUUGAACCAACUGAUAAUGGGAAGAGGUUCCCUAUAAAUCCUUAAAGUAUUCAAUAAGAUUUCUCUUCUUCAAUGCCCUCUUCACAUUUCAAACUUGCACAUUAAAGUGUAUCCCCUGUAUGUUUAAGUGGUGGACUACAGAACAUUGUACAUACAAAAUUAUGGGAAUGCUGUUCACACGCAAUGGUGGAAUGUUAUUCACACAUUCAUGAUUCUAGUGUAUGAAACCAUGGAAGAAAACUAUUUCCUACUGUUAUUGUGGAGUUAAUUUCAGACAAGACACCACCUCCCAGGCUACUGUAGAGCAGAAAAGGAGAUGACAAAGGGUAAUUAAGGGACACAGCAAAUCUAUUGACAGCUCCCAUUUCAAAAGAUAUUUUUGGGCCAGUACAAGUGCAAUUGUAGUUAAGGAGCACAGAGCUUCCUCCAACAUUUGUAAAUGGAGAGGCAGCAGAGAGUGUCUAAAAUAAACACAGACAGCAGAUAAAGAAACCAAUGAAAGUAAGAUGAGAAAAUGUGCAUUAUCUUAACCACCCAUUUAUAAAAUUACUUCUUCCCAUUGGGAAUUUAUAAUGUGACUUGUGUUGUAAUGUUUUGCUGUGAUAAAUGUAUUUUUACAUGGAUGUAAAGAAUUGUGUCUAUUUUUACAAAUUAAACAUCAUGUGUUGUAUUGAAUACACAAUUUCUGUCAAACUUGUCUUUAUCAUUCAGGAUUCACUAUUAUGUGUGUGUGUCUUGAAAAAUGCAGUCUUUUUUGACUCAUUAUUUUAAUUUUUUGAAGUCACCAUUUACCCCAGUGCAAUUUGCAUUUUCUACCCCAUUAUGUAAUGGCAGAGUUGGCAUUUGUUUCCAGAUUCUGAUUGAACAAGCCGUAGGACUUAUCAUUAACAUGGACUUAAAGUUUACCUAUAUCAGCAUCCCUCUGUGCAGCUAGCAAUCCUUAUCUCUUUUUGUUUAUUCUGACAGGAUGUCUAUAAUUAAUGUAGGUUUUUUUUGCUUGGCAAUAAAAGUGGUAAAUUACCAAUGCCAAAAAAAAAAGUCAGUUUACACAGACUAGAUUUUUUUGCUAUCAAGCAUUAGGAUCUUCAGGAAGAAUUAUCAGAUGAUGAUCUCCAAGGGUUUCCAGUAAACUGUUCUGCGUACACGUAUCAUUUCUUUCUUAAUCUAUUGUCAUAAGUUAUUUUUAAAUGCACCAGUGUUAUAACCAUGUUCAUUGAACUGCUUGUAAACUUUUACACAUUCUCUGGUUUGCUGAAUUCAGGAUACUUUUCUGGUAUUUCCAAGUUGGCCAUCUAUUGGAAGGUGCAUUAAGGGUUUCUUCAGCUUUUGAGAUUUUGUCAUGAUCUGUAUUGGUGCAAUAGUAUAUCUGUGAACUAUGCAAUAUUAAACUCAAUUGGUUAUUAGUUCUAUCAGAUCUGCCAAAAUAUUUUAGUGGAAUAUAUAUCGAAUUCUUGUUGUUUCUAGACAAUCUCUUCAGUCUGUGUAGUACAUGUCUGAUCUGUGUGUGAUUCAGGUGACUACUAUUUGUAUGUCAAUGUGUCUGCAUGUUGUUCCAUUUUAUGAAGUGAAAACCUGUUAUCAAAAUGUGCUUUAUAAUGGUACAAAAUAGUUUUGUCAUAUUAUCAGUUUGAAGGGAAUGAUUUCUGUAUUGACCUUUUGUACCUGCAAUGUUCAGUUUGUAGUCAAAUAUUCUGUACUUAAUGCAGUAAAUCUUGGCUAACAAUGGCCUCCUAGGUAAUGGUCAAUAUGGUUUGAUUACAGGAACCAAACUUGUCCAGUGACUAAUCCAGGCCAAGUUGACUGUAUACAAAAUAGUAUUACUGUAUUUUCUAUUUGUUAACCUUGCUUUGUGAAAACAUUGCUUUAUAUUUUUGUACUUUGAUGUCAAUAAAAUUCUAUAUUGCA